AUGUAUAAUCCCAAGCAGAGGUGCUGGGGAGUGGUGAAUGGUUUGGAAGAUUUGUUGGCUGAGACAAUACCUGUAUGGUGGUCAAAGACUGUGAGUUACGGUGGGAGACUGGUUUUCCUUUUCCGUAAAGAAGAAGAAGAAGAAGACAGAUGUGAGAUUUGGUGUGCGGAAAUUUCGCUGGAAAGACGUAAGGAGGAGAGAUUUGGGGUCAAAUUGAGUGGUGUGACUGGGAAAAUUGUCUCUUUUCUUUUCAUUACUGAUUUCGUUGCUGCAAAUGAAACCAGUGACUAUCUGUUGGCCGUAGGAUCUUAA